AUGUCCACGACACCGUAUCAAGGGCCAUGGACUGCUUCCAAGGUUCGACAAACUUACAUCGACUUUUUCAAGAGUAAGGGCCAUACUUUCUGGCCAUCAUCUUCUACAAUCCCAUUCGAGGACCCUACACUAUUGUUUGCCAACGCUGGUAUGAAUCAGUCUGUCUUCCUUGGAACAGUCGAUCCAAAUUCAGACAUGAGCAAGCUUAAGCGUGCACUUGCUGACGAGAGAUCAGAUUUGGAAGAUGUAGGAAAAGACUCGUAUCAUCACACCUUCUUCGAAAUGCUUGGGAACUGGUCGUUUGGAGACUAUUUCAAGAGAGAAGCCCUCACAUGGGCUUGGGAAUUACUCACAGAAGUCUAUAAGCUCCCAGUUGACAGGCUUUAUGUGUCCUACUUUGAGGGUGAUCCGAAGCAAGGGCUUGCCCCGGACGAGGAGACGAGGCAAAUAUGGCUGGAUAUAGGUGUUCCAGAAGAAAGGAUCAGAUGGGACCCACUGGACCUUGUGGACCAUGUAGGCAAUGAAAUACACUAUGACCGCAUUGGAGGGAGAGAUGCCGCCAAAAUUGUCAAUGCGGAUGACCCGACCGUGGUUGAAAUCUGGAAUAACGUCUUUAUACAAUUUAACCGAGAAGAAGAUGGAAGUCUUAAGAGUCUUCCUGCGAAGCAUGUUGAUACUGGCAUGGGUUUCGAACGACUGGUCUCCGCGAUUCAAGACGUUCUGUCUAACUACGACACCGAUAUUUUCCAACCCAUCUUUCAAAGGAUCCAAGAAGUCUCAGGAGUACGUCCUUAUACGGGCAAAUUUGGAGCUGAAGAUGUGGAUGGUAUCGACACCGCUUACCGAGUCAUCGCUGACCACGUCCGCACCCUUACUUUCGCCCUGAGCGAUGGGGGUGUGCCGAGCAACAUCGGAAGAGGCUACGUUUUGCGACGCAUAUUACGCCGUGGUGCAAGAUAUGCUCGCAAGAAGCUUGGAGCACCAAUUGGCUCCUUUUUCUCGUCCGUUUCCCCAGUGCUCGUCGACCAACUAGGCGACUUCUUCCCCGAGCUCAAGAGAUCCCCGGAAGAAGUCAAAAAGCUGCUAGAUGAGGAGGAA